AUGAGUGAUCCAACUACAAGCAGACCUCCAUACGCACAUUCGCCCUCGAUAGCUAAUCCAUAUGCUCCACCUCCACCACCUCCUGCUCCACCACAACAACAUCAUCAACAUCAACAACAUCAACAACAAGGUGGAUUCAUGCCAGUGGCUGCUAAUUCUUAUUAUCAAUAUCAAAAUGGUCCUGCUCCAAUGAUGGAUCCCAAUUUCAUAGCAUUUCAACAACAACAACAGCAACAACAAGCUUAUGCUCAACAAUUUAUGAUGCAAAAUGCUUUACAUCCAUCUCAACAAAUAUAUCCACCUUUCCAACAACCACUACCGAAUCAAUCACCUUUCCCACAUCAUCAACAGUUAUACCCACAACAAUUACCACAUCAACAACCAUUUUAUAAUCAAAAUCAAGCACCUUCUUCUUCAUCAUCAUCUGGAACUCCAAAGAAAAAAUUUGAAUUCAAAAAUAAAACAUUCAUACCAAAUAAAGAUCAUAGUUCUUAUCUAAAACCUAAACCUCAAACUAAUGGACAUGUAAAUAACAAAGAUGUAAAUAAUACAGAUAAUGUGGAUGUUAACAAUGAUACCCAACAGCAACAGCAACAGCAACAAAAACAAGAUCAACAAUCUGAAUAUGAUUCCUCAAUUUCUACACCAAGUAUAGAACAAACUUCACCAGAUCAUAAUAAUACAACAACAGUUUCUUCUCCACCUUCAACAACAACUUCAACACCAAUAAUUUCUGCAUCUAAUACCAUCAAUAAUCAUAAUCAUAGUCAUCAUCAGCAUAAUAAUAAUCAUAAUAAUAAUCAGCAUAACAAUAGUCAUAAUAAUAAUCAUAAUAAUAGCAUAAAUGAAAAUUCAUCAUCUUCAAAUGAAGUUUUUAGAUUUCAAAUUCAACCAAUAAAUUAUGAAGUUGGCAAACCUUUAUUUUUUGGUACUACUGAAGCAAAAUUAAAUAGUCAAAAGAAAAAAUUUAAAGAUAUUGAUGAAGCUAAAAAAGCUAAAGAAGAACAAGAAGAAGCUGAAAAGAUUAAAGAUUUGAAAAAAUCUGAAAUUGAAGUUGAACCUAAAAAUCAAACUACUAUUGUUGAACCAAAAGAAGAAUUUAAAACUCCAUCACCUGAACCACCAAAACCAACUGUUGCUAAAUGGUCAUUUAUCGCUGAAAAAGCUGCAAAGAAACAAUCACCAAAAACCACAUCUUUAUCAACAUCAAAUACAUCAAGUCCAAUUGCUAAAAAAGAAGAAAGUACAACUACAACAACUACUACAACACCAAGAUUUGUUCCAUCAAUUUCAAAUGUAUUAGAACCAUUAGGUGUUGUUUUAUUAAGAUCAAUGUUUGAUAAAAAUUUCCAAAAAAUUUAUAUAAAUUCACAAAAAUUACCUUCAAUUAUUCCAAGAGGUUUAGUUAAUACUGGUAAUAUUUGUUUUAUGAGUUCAAUUUUACAAUUAUUAUUAUAUUGUCAACCAUUUUAUAAGAUUUUAAAUGUUAUUUCUAUAAGGACUAUACAUUCAAUUAAUGGAACAAGUUCAACUCCAUUAAUUGAUGCAUUAAUUGAAUUUUAUAAAAAUUUUAAUAUUAAAUUAGAUAAUCCAGAUAAAAAAUUUGGUGAUUCAUUAGUUCCUGAAGAAUUUUAUAAAAAAAUUUCAUUAAAUGAACGUUUUCAACAUUUAAAAUGGGGUCAACAAGAAGAUGCAGAAGAAUUUUUUGGUUAUUUAUUAGAUGGAUUACAUGAAGAAUUUAUUUCAAGUGUUAAAUCAAUUAAACCAACAGAAACUAAAACUUUAAUUGAUAGUAUUACAACUGAAGAUGUUAGACAAUCAAUUAGACAAUCAUUAAAACAAUUUAGUGAUGAUGAUGAUUUUAAAUCAAGUAAUGAAUCAAAUGGAGGUAUAAACUCUACAUCAAAUAAUUUAACAAGUGAUGAUGGAUGGCAUGAAGUUGGUUCAACUAAAAAUAAAAUUAGUGCAAAAAGAACAGUUGAAGUUAAACCAUCACCAAUUAGACAAUUAUUUGGAGGUCAAUUUAGAAGUAUAUUAGAUAUUCCAAAACAAAGAGAAUCACAAAGUAUAACAUUAGAUCCAUUUCAACAAAUUCAAUUGGAUAUUUCAGAUGAUUCAAUAAAUACAUUGGAAGAUGCUUUUAAAAAUAUUUCAAAUAUUGAAGAAAUUCCAUAUAAAUCAAAUGAUGGUUCUGAAGUUAUUGCUAAAAAGCAAACAUUUAUUGAUAAAUUACCAGAAGUUUUAGUUGUUCAUUUAAAAAGAUUUUCAUUUAUUUCCAAAUCAAAUAAUCAAUUAUAUGGACAUAUUGAAAAAAUUCGUAAAAAAAUUUCAUAUAAAUCUGAAUUAAAAAUUCCUGAAGAAGUUAUAUCACCUUCAACAAGAAAAUUUAAUUCAAUUAAUUUAAAUUAUAAAUUAACUGGUAUUGUUUAUCAUCAUGGUAUAAGUUCAGAAGGUGGACAUUAUACAGUUGAUGUAUUAAAUCAAUCUAAAGAUGAAUGGAUUAGAUUUGAUGAUACAAUAAUUACAGAAUUAAGUUUAGAUGAUGUUUUAAGUGGAGGAGAUGAUGAUGGAGUUAAAACUGCAUAUAUUUUAAUGUAUGAAAGAGUUUAA